UCUAAAUGAAUACUUUUAUAUAUAAAUGCAUAAUAUCAAGGCAAAUCUGAAAGUCUCAACAAACACAAACUUCUCAGAAUGUUUGACCCUAGACACCUUAAAAGUGCCAAGUUACUUUUAUCCUCUCUUUUCAUAUUCUCUGCCAUAAUUUUUGUUAUCCAUGCAUAUAGUAUUAUCUACCAUGAUUUCCUACACUCUGCUACAUAUAAAGAACCUUCAGAGAAUUUGCAAGCUCAGAGUCACAGAUUCAAAGAGCAAAUAAGACCAACACUUUCUAAUCUGCCUUUACACUCCAUUCAAGAAGAGAAUGAUAGAAUUCAAGCUGGAAAUCAGAAUGACUUGGUUGCUCCACUCGGUGUGACAGAAUUAGAGAGAAUAGCUUGGUUUCGGAAAAACCUGCACAAGUUUGAUAUUCUCAAGUCAAACAAUUCGACCCGAAGAUUUCACAGCAGAGUUCUAGAAUUCUUCAGCCGUGAAUGCGAGGCUCAGUUUUUCAUGACUUGGAUUUCGCCGGCAGGCUCGUUUGGUGUAAGAGAAUUGAUGUCCGUGGAAAGUGUUUUUAAGGUUCAUCCCAGCGCAUGCCUUGUAAUUCUGUCAAGAACUUUGGAGACCACGCACGGCUACACAGUGCUGAAACCGUUGCUUGACAGUAGGUUCAAGGUUCAGGUCGUGACCCCAGACUUGCCUUUUCUGUUCAAAGGGACACCGGCCGAAGCUUGGUUUCGUGAGUUAAUAAAAGGAGCACAAAGCAUGGAUUUAAGAUCUAAGCAUUGGACUAGAUUAAAUAAUGCUGUUCUGAUUUUCGAUAUGAAACAUCCACUUCUUCACGAAUUCAUUAGUGAAUUUGCAUUGACUUUUGAUGGAAACAAAUGGGGGCAUAAUGGUCCAUACCUGGUUUCUAGAGUGAUCAAGAGGCUGCUGAAAAGACCCGGUUUCAUAUUUAAGAUCUUGCCACCUAUGGCUUUCUAUCCAGCUGAUUGGAAUAAGAUAAGGGGGUUUCUCAGGAAGCCGAAAACUCAAACUGAAUCGAAAUGGGUAGAAGCCAAAGUGCUUCAGCUCCGUGCGGAGACUUAUGGGAUUCAUCUAUGGAACAAGCAAAGCAGAAGAUUGACAAUAGAAGAUGGAAGUGUCAUAGGAAAACUUGCAUUAAAUCAUUGUAUCAUUUGCAACCAUAUAUUUAGUUCUUAGAUAACAGUUCUUGAAAAAAGAAAAAAAUGGUGGAGAAGGAAUUCUAUUGUGAAUACCAGUUUUUCAUUAUUUCCCUAUCUAUAGGAAACACUAUGAUACGAUUGUAAAAGAAAUGCAGUUAUGGUUAU